GUCACACUGUUACAACGUGGUGCGUGAUGUUGCAUGCUUAUGCUUCGCAGGGAGGCUAACACAAUGGAAAAUAUAGAGACAGUUAAGACUGAAGCCGAAGAACAGGAAAAUGUCAUAGAAGAAAAUAAAGAAGUGAAGCAAGGUGUUGGUACACCAGAGAAUAAUGUGAACCAGAGUAAUGACAAUGAUGAAAAGGAUCAGGAGGAAGGAACACAUAGGCCUCAUUCUGUUUCUAAAGAAGCUACAGGUGAGGAACCUCUAGCUCAUGAUGAUACUGACCAUGUGCUUUCAGGUGCAGAAAUGCAGGAACAUCAAGGAGAAGUUGAGCCUUCUGGGAACGAUGUACCAUCACAAGAAAAGUCUGAAGAUGGAGAUAAUUCUGUGCCAAAAGAAUCAUCUGCAGAAAAUGAGGCAAAAAAAUCUGAAGAAAGAACUGUUAGCACUGCAGAGAAGGAAACUCCAAGAGAUGAAAACAACACCGUGAAGCCUACAUCCAAUGAAAUGAUGGAAACUGCUGAUACUGUUCCUGAUGAGAUUGAGCAAAUUUCAAGAGAUCCAACAGGAAUCCAUCCACCAGUGACCACACCAGCGGAGACUGGAGUCCAACAUUCAAAUGAGGCCACUGAGAAUGACAUCGUAGGGACGACGACGGAGCCAAUCCAAGAAAGGGUCAAAACACCUGAUGAUGGUGGCGACGAGGUUAAAUGUCAAGAGGAAGAGAGAAAGGAUUCAUCUUGUAAUGCAUUGAACCUAUCAUGGACCUUUGGAGUGAAUAAAAAUGUGCCCGCGCUUAACUUGGCCACACCCAACAGGAAGGCAGUGCUGUAUGCUGGUGCUAACACCUGUAUUCUGUUUGACUACGUGAACAAUACACAGAAGUUGCUGCAAGGACAUAGUAACAAUAUAUCCUGCACUUGUAGUAGCAACGAUAAGAGAUGGGUUGCAACAGCCGACAAAGGCCCUGAGAGUAUGCUCAUCAUAUGGGAUUCGCACACUGGUGUUCCUGUACAAACUCUAUUUACUGCACAUUCGGAGGUUGGUGUUGUUGCUAUGGCAAUGACCCCUGAUGCUAAGUACCUGGUUACCAUCAGUGCUGGGCCUCAUCAAGUUGUAGAUAUUUGGGAUUGGACAACAGAUGGUGAGGUACCUGUAAGUUCAGCUGAGCUUGUUCCGGCCUAUGGCACUCAGACUUACAUAACAUUCAACCCUGAAGACACAACUCAACUGGUAUCAAAUAGUGACUGCCAAGUCAUAUUCUAUGCAUGGGAGAAUGGCGAGUUAAAGUAUGUGGCACCAUCUUUGACAGACGAAGAUUUCAACCGGGUUGUCGGCAGCUACAGCCAGUCGAUCUUCCGCAGUGGUACCACUGGAGCCCUUACUGCCACGUAUGUGGGUAAUGUUGUGGUCUGGGAUAACAACAGACCUAUAUCUGGUCCUCCCAGUUUAAAACCGACGCCAAACAAGAAAGCCUUUAAGCUUGUGAGGCUGCAAGAUAGAGGCAUAACGGUGCUUACUACCACUGACAUGUAUGUUGUGACAGGCGAUGUCAAUGGACAUGUAAAGUUUUAUGAUCAACAAUUGCGCGUCAGUAAUUGGUACAACAAGUUUGAUGUUGGGCCCAUCAAUUCCAUCUCCUUUGAGCACGUUCCUAAUUUCCGUCCUGAAGAAACAUAUGGUAAUGACUACCCUCCUGAUGCCACUAUUGAUGCAAGGAUGUUCAUCACAAAGAAUUAUGUAAUAAGCACAACAAUGGCUCAAGUUGCAGCCAUCGUAGCUGAUGGCUCUAAAGUUCAGAUGAUUCAGACCGAACAUGAUUCGUUAGUUCAUGCGAUAGUCACUCAUCCCACGCAACCAUUAAUAGCCAUUGGUAGCUAUUCCUGUUUGUUGAAAGUCUGGAAUUAUCAAACUAAAACACUAGUGAUUUCUAGGCAGUUCCCACGUGGUCACAUGAUCAGAUGCUUAGCCUUUGACCCCAAGGGAGAAUACUUAGGAGUUGGCUUUACCAAUGGAUGUGUGCGCAUCCUGGAUGUUCUCACCCUGGAAGAUGACAUUCCAAAGCCUUUCACAUACUCAUCCGAUGCUGUCAUCAUUUGUACAUUCUCACAUGAUUCGGCCUGGAUGGCUACUGCGGAUGCCAAUUUUUGUGUAACGGUGUAUAAGGGACUACCUGCAAACCAGAAUGAGCCGUGGACAUACCUUGGUAAACAUCGCUCCCAUUACAAACCAAUCCGUGGUUUGACAUUUGGAAUUGCACUAGAUUCAGACAUACCACGGCUUCUUUCGAUUGGUGAAGAUAGAUCAUUGGUUGAGUACGACUUGUUUAAGAGUACCAUUGAUGACCUUCGACUCAUGAGCUUGGAUCGGAUUGAACAGACUGCAAUCCCACAGUGCAUUGAAUGGUAUCCACCAAUCACAAAGGAGCAAUUCCUGGUUACUGCUAAUGACCAGUUCAAGUUCAAGUUGUACAAUUCCACAACUAAAAUGUGCAGAAAGACAUUGCUUAGCCCUACGUAUGGGAGUCCAUUACAGAAGAUGGUAGUGUUACCAACCAAAGACGUGAUGAGCAGCAAGAGAUACAUAAGUUUCAUCACUAAAGAUAAAAUUGGUUUGAACAUAAUGCCAUUGGAUGGAAACCCCCACAAUGGAAUGGCUCUAAUUGCACACCCUGGUGGAGUUGUCAAUCUAGUAAGCAGUAAUGAUGGGCAAUACGUGUUCACAGCCGGAGGAGCGGACGCCACCGUCCACAUGUGGAACGUGAACAUUCAGGCUCUAGAGGCCGUAGCCAGACUUGGUGGUGAAGGUCUUACGCCAUUUUAUGGACUGUUAGAAGGUGGACGAGAUGGUGUACUGUUUAGAGAACUUGAAAACUACUUUUACUAUGCCCAAUUAAGAAGUCAAGGAAUUGACACUCUUGACUCGCGUGUUGUAUCCACGGAGAUCAUUUUGUCUGAGGUUCCAUUUGUGAUGCGAGCGAUGGGACUGUACCCUUCGGAACAGGAAGUUGAGGAUAUGCUGAAUGAAGUCAAGUUUAGUGAGUACGUAGAAACCGGCAAAUAUGUAGAUCGCAUUGAUCUUGGAACAUUCAUCAAACUAUACGUGAACCAUCGUCCAGCAUUUGGUCUGUCUGUUGAUCAACUUCACAAAGCGUUUGAAGUUUUAGGUCUUGAAGAAGUUGACGGUCAAGCGGCCAUCGAAAGAGGGGAUCUCUUAGAUAUUCUUCAGACUAGAGGGGAACACAUGACAGAAAUGGAGGUCGCAGAGUACAUUACAACCUUACUUGGAUUCAAUCCAGAGGGAGGGAGCUCAGAGCUUGGAAUGUUCAAUUCAAGUAAUUCAGCUGAUCUUAUUGAGGACAACCUCCCUGAGCAAAUCACAGCGGACAUGUUUGCUGCCGAGAUACUUGGAUUCGGCCAAGAAGUCGAGGCUGAACCUGUACUAUAAAAUUACAAAACACCUUUAAAUCUACAAUUUAAACCAACUAUGUAAAUUAAUAUAUUAUUAUUGUUUCUUUACUGUACUGUGUAUUUGUUGAAGAUAUAUAUUUAAUAAAAUACAUAUUGUUAGCCAAAAUUGAAAAAUAUAAAGCUUCUGUAAGCAUAACUGUAAAUUCACUGAUUAUUAUUUAUAUACACAUUUUUUACUUGAUUCUAAUUUUCUACAAAAUUUUGAGUUUUAAAACGUUUCAAGGGUAGACAGAUGAUUGUCUUAAUAUUUUAAAUUAAGAAAAUUCUAUUCUAUUUUGAAUGAUGAAUGUCAGUUUCAGUCAAAGCCAGUCAUUUUAUUGUCUAACUUAUGUACAAAAGAAAUUAGU